AUGCAUAAGAAGAAGGAGGCUUAUGAUUCAAAGAAGGCAAAAGGUGAUAACCAUUCCUCACAUUACUGUAUAAAGGGAUUUGUACUUGCUUUCCAGAUUAUGGAUCUCCUUUUGAUGCACGUGCAUCAGAAGUUGUACUUGAAACCUGACCUGUGCAUGCAUCGAUUCACGGUGAUUGACUUGAGCUUCACGGAUUCUUUGAUGGAGCCAGUCGAUAUUGCUUCUAAGAUCCGGUCAGGAGGUAUUGAAAUGGAGGGUGGCAAAUAUGAAGAAUACAAGCCAGCGUGGAUGGAUGUUGACUUCGUAUUUGGGCCAAUCAACAUCAAACAACACUGGCUUAUGCUAGCCAUCGAUCUAGAGAGGUGCACAAUCUUUGUAUUUGACUCCAUGCCAAACUACAUCGGUAGCGACAUACUUGAUGGUUACCUCAAGCUUGUGGCCAGAGCAAUACCUUUGAUGUUGAUUUCUGUCGGAUUUGACAAACAACAUAAGACGGUCAAGUAUGGGCAAUGGGAAGUGAAGAGAUCAAAGGUGACCCUCCAAGAGGGCAAGUCUCUUGACUGUGGAACUUUUUGUGCUAAAUUUGUAGAAAAUUGUGUAACUGGUGCUAAUAGGGCUGACACUUAA